AUGGCAGAUAGAGUGGAAAAGCUGGAGAAAGCCCAAGAGCACUACGAUCUUGGAAAGGAUCUUUCCUGGAACAAGGGAGACUUUGAUACGGCACUUAUCGAGCUUCGAAAGUCUCUUCAGUUGCGAGAGUCAGUUUGGGGACAAUUUCAUGAUGAGACUUCAAAGGCAUACUAUGAAAUCGGCAGAGCUUUGUUCGCCCAAAAGGCUUACACUGAAUCCUUGGUUGCUUACAGAAGAUGCUUGAGAAUCCGUGUCAGUCUCUUUGGUAAAUUCCAUACGGAAACCAAGAAUGCCGAUCACUGUGUGCGUCUGGUCGUUCAAGCCAAAGGAUUGUACAGUGGACGAGAAAUCAAUGAAGCUAUUGACUCAAUCUACUCUUCCAUGUCCCAUGAGAUUGCAGGAGAUACCUACCGAAAGGCUGGUCGUAAUGCUGAGGCUCAACUAGAAUACAUCAAGGCAGCUGCCAUUGAAGAGUACUUCUUCGGAAAGAACGGUGACAUUAUUGGGGAUAUCAACAGGAAGGCUGGAAUCAAGGCUCCACCACCGCCAUCAAGCCCUGGAAAAAAGAAGACCAAGAAAGCCAAAGACUAA